CAGCUGAUUAAACAGCACGAGUAAGCUUGAGUGGUAGGUCCAAAAUCUCAACUUUAGAUGUUGGAUCUCACUCUAUCUACAUCACAUGCAUCAAUUUUUUUCUUCAUCAACCAUGAUUUUUGUGCACUAAUAUUAAAAUUACUGUUUAAGAGUAAAGUUCUGAUAACGUGCAUGUUUUUGGUCUUUGCAAUGACUACUUGUUCCUCUAAGAAGCAAUUUCAAUGACAAGUUCUGCAAAUUGUACCUCCUUUUUCAGACAAGUCAAAUGUUUAGGUGUGCAUCAAACCAUUACUUAAAUCAGUUAAAUGUCUAUUAGCAAACCAAAUUGUAAGUUGCAUCUAUCUAUAUUUAUGCUACUAAAGAGAGGACACUUAUGAAAAAAUUUCCACAUUAGAGAAACUGAAGUUGGUCCAUGUGAUAUUGUUAAAUGGCCAAGAAGGGUUGGUUUAGCAUGGUAAAAAAGCUCUUUACAAGGGAUAAACAUUCCACACAAGAGAAGAAGGAGAAAAGAAGGAAAUGGGUAUUUGGGAAGCUAAAGACUAAGAGUUUUCCUUCAAUUGAAGCACCACCAUCAUUAACAGAAAGAAGAUUAUGUGAAGCUGAAGAAGAACACAACAAGCAGGCUUUAACAGUUGCUAUUGCAUCAGCUGAAGCUGCUCUUACUGCUGCUCAAGUUGCAGUUGAGGUUGUUAGGGUCCAAUCUACUCAUCAUUGUAAUGGAAAACCAGAAGAAGCUAAAACUAAGUAUGAUGCUUCUAAAUCCACACACAAGUGCCAUAGGAAGAUUGAAGAAUCGUCAGCCAUCAAAAUUCAAACAACAUUUAGAGGUUACCUUGCAAGGAAAGCUUUGAGAGCAUUGAAGGGAAUAGUGAAGCUUCAAGCUAUCAUUCGCGGAAGAGCUGUAAGACGGCAAGCUAUGAGUACUCUGAAGUGCUUGCAGUCCAUUGUGAGUAUUCAGUCACAAGUCAUUGCAAGGAAACUCCAAAUGGUUGAAGGAAGGUGGGAUUGUGGUGAAUAUGAAGAAAUGCAAGGUUCAACAGACAAGAUCAUAAGGAUGGACUCAAACAGUGAGAGAAGGUGGGAUGACAGCCUUUUAUUGAAGAAAGAGGUAGAUUCCUCUAGCAUAAGCAAGAAAGAAGCAUCUCUUAGGAGAGAAAGAGUAAAAGAAUACUCAUACAACCAUAGAAAAUCAGCUGAACCAGAAAGAAACAAAAUAAAUGGAAGAUGGAGAUAUUGGAUGGAGCAAUGGGUAGACACCCAACAUUCUAAGAGUAAAGAACUUGAAGAUUUAGACUCGGAGUUUACGUCACAUUGUAGAGGUGUGGAAGAUUAUGGAAGAAGACAAGUAAAACUUAGACAUAUUCAGAGACAAAAUGAAGUUGAAGGAUUAGAGUCUCCUAUACUAUCUUUAAGAAAUUCUUUUUCACAAUGGAGACAGAAUUCAGAGAGAGAAGAUCACUCAUUUCCAAGCUCACCUGCAAUUCCAACAUACAUGGCUGCAACAAAAUCUACUCAAGCAAAAGUAAGAUCAACAAGCACACCAAAAACAAGAAUAGUAGGAGGGAAUUGGGAUAUGAACUCUGAUUGCUAUUCACCAUGCAAGAGAAAGCUCAGUAAUAAUCAGCAAGGAUCUCCUAGGUUAAAGAGCCUCUCAAGGCCUUAAAUAAAUCAAACCAAUAGAAUGAAGAAUCUAUGCAUCUACUAUAUUUAUAGUCUUUAAUUUAUACCACUUCAGUCCUAAGAGUUUACCUAUAUAUUUAUUUCAUAUUUUUGCCAUUUUAGUUUUAAGGCUGAGUUGUCAAUGUCUCCAAUUCUGUUAUAUUUUUUCAAUUUAAUUUUUUCAAA